AGUACAAACGAAUACAAAAGUAAAACGGCGGAUAGUGUAAUGAAUCUACUAGUACCGCUACCAGGCGAAGUUGCAGGUCUAUUUGUCGACGCAUUUCUUCAAUAUCCGAUCAGCUGUUCACUGGUAUUCUCAUCUCUGCUUUAUAUCAUCUAUCCAGUGUUCUUUCCAAAUACAGACGCAACUAAAGGCUACAGAUGGAUCUACUCAUGCAUUGCUAUAUUCCUACUUACAUCAACGAUAUCCAUAUUUUUAAUACCUGUUCUCGCACUAGCCCCAGAUCGCAUCAUCUUUCGCCCGACGCCAUCAUGUUCAAUAUUUGACAGGCCUACACGAUAUAUCUGCCUAACAUUUAACGACCGACAUGAAAAUGUGUUUUAUUCAACGACGUGGAAAGAAUGUAAUGAAAGAGAUGUCAAUAUGAAAAAUGCAACCAAACAUUACAUAAUCUCUUCUUGGAUCCCGUCCUUCGAUCAUUUUGUUACGCUUACCUCUGUUUUAUUUCAACCCGACGAUUCCCACGGCGAGAAAAAGAAAGCAUAUCCUCUCCCGGCAGGCUACUGUAUCAGAGCUGCCGGACCCAUCGAGGGAGAUCGACAAAAAGUUGCAUUUUAUAGCAUAAAUGGGACGAGUUACCAUCUGCUUGAUUCAGGGUACAUUAAUUCAAGCUCGCUCACGAAAUUUUACUCUGGAUGGUACCUUGCUUCAAGCUGCAGGAACGAGCUGUCAAGAUGGUGGUAUAAUUGUACCUUAGGAUACGUAAGCUCACAUUAUGUAAGGCUGCCCCAAUAUACUAGAAGCUUACUGCUCGAGGGCAGGAAUGAUACAGCUAAAUAA